UCAAAAGAACUCUGUUAACACAACAAUCAGUUUCCAAGGAAACAAACAAUAUGUGGUUCUGGGAAAUGUAGUACAUGUAACCCCUUGUGUUUACGUGUAACCUCUGUAUUUUUAUACAGUCUAUGCGUGUAGCCCCUUCGUAAUGCGCGUCUUAAAUAGGCAUCACGUAUAUAUACAUGUAUAGGUAAUUCCGAAAAUGUAGUUAUUUUUGAAUAUAUUAAAGUGUUGACUGACUGAAAACAACAUGAAUAUCAUAUCACUCAAAAAUUUAAACAAGAAGUACACUGAAUUGCUAUUGGCCAAACAAGACAGUCGAGUUCUCGUCAUUAAUUUAGGCCAAUCAGGACUGAGUUGCGUCGCCAAUGGGGUUUUUCGACACGCCAAUGCGCCGAAAUUUGAAAAAGACUCAAAUCAGAGGGUGGGGAUAUCCUGACCAAUUUGGACUGUUUGAGAUUUUCUUUUAACUUGCUACAAGUUCGACAACUAAUGAUCUGCGUUGGAUUUUAGAGUGGAAGAGUCCAAGAGAUGGCCCUGCAUCGGCAAAAAGAGGACGUCUUACUGGCGUGGAUAAACAGCCUCCGUUUGGCGAACCCAGUUAAUAACAUUAUCCUUUUACAAGAUGGCAUCUUGCUUUUGAAGUUGAUAUGCAAACUGAAGGGACAAGAAGUUCAGGGACUGCUGGAUCAGCCCAUCCAGAAAAGACUUGAAUUUGUCUCUGACUUUCUUCGAACAGCGCACUGCCGGUACAAAGCAGACAGAGGAGCCAUUAUCUCAUGGGACAACAUCCUGAAUCGGAAAGACUUGGAUAUAGAGUUGUCAAAGGUGGUUGUGCUCCUUAUGUGCCAUGCCAUCGUUAAUGAACUUCUAAUAACGGACGAACUGGACCAUAAGACGGAGAUUCAGAUGGCUGCAGUACUCCGCUUUGUUCUCGAUAAUGAGAACAGUCUUCACCUGAGUGACAAUUUGGAGAAAUUUCUCCAAAAACCAUUCACUGUUUGUUUGCCCAGCGACUCCAGCACAAGCAGUUUCAGUGAUGAAUCACCUGUCCUAAGCAGAAUUCGGAGACCAGAAGUAAAGUUCUUGGAGCUGAUGACCGUGGCAUCCAGCUCAGCUGGAUCCCCUAUACAGGAAGUCCUUAACACACCCCAAUUCCAGCUGAGGAAGGUGCGUAAACAGCUGGCUGAGGAGAGGGAUAUGAGGGAUGAGCUGGAGCGGGAGCUGGCCAACACCAGCCAGUUGGUCGCAGAAAGAGAAUUACAGAUAUCCCAGCUGCAGCAUCGGCUCCAGAGGCUGAUGAGGGAUAAUGCAGAGCAGGACCAAGAGCCCAAAGCUUUGGAGGAGCUCCAGAAUAAAAAUGAAGGGCUGCUGAAGCAUUUGCAUGAAGUGCUAAAGCAGUGCCAGGACUUGAAAACCAACAAGGGUCAAAUGGAAAAGAAGAUUGAUCAGCUGACUGAGGAGAAUGGAGAUCUGUCUGUCAAUAUUAAAGACAUGGUUGCUCGUUUGUCGAGUGCCCAGACAAUGGUGGACACCCUGAGUGAGGAGCAGCAGGCAUCACAGGCAGAGUGGGAGAGCAAGAAAAUGUUCUUUGAGACUGAGCUUUGCCAGGCUGUGUCUGAAAAGGAGAGCUUGAGUGAGCAAAUUCAGAUUUUACGAGGGAAGAUCUCUAUUCUGGAGGAUGAGCUGAGAAAAGCCCAUGCCCAAACUCAGGAGCGAGGCGAGGUCAUGGGACCCAUAAUGGAGUGGGAAAGGCUAAACCAGGAAAUUUCUGAAUUAACGUGCAAGCUCUUGCAGCUCCAAGAAACCAUUCUCCAGCUGGAGAAGGAAAAAGGAGAAAUGCAAGCAAAGCAUGAGAUGGAGAAAAACAAAUUUGAGAGUGAGGUCUCCCAUCUACAAGGGCUCAUAUCUGAACUACAGCAUACCCUGUGUGUCCUUCGGGGCGAAAGGGAGGCACUUGAGCAGAUCUCAAGAGAGCAGCAGGCAACAAUGACUUCCCAGAUUAGUGCCAUGAAUGCAGAGAUUGCCCGUCUUUCUGAUGUGAUUCACCAGAAGGAGCUGGCAGCAACGGUAUUUAGCCAGCAAGUGGCAGAGGAACAGAAACAGAAGGAGAUUUUGAUGCAGAACAUGGAGAAGCAGGAUCAGAUAAACCAGGAAACCGUUCAGGGACUGAGCGAACAAGUGAAACACCUAGAAACUACUUUGAAAUCAAAGGAAGAGGAGAGCUCUCGCCAGCAAGCCUUUCUGCAAGAGGCAUCUGAGAGUGCAAUCCAGGAAAGGGAUACUAUUUUGGUGGAGUAUCAUCAGUUUCGCCAGGCGAAAGAGGAGGAAGUCCUUGAUCUUAAUAAACAGGUCAGGCAACUUGAAGAGCAGCGGGAGGUUGAGCGGUCUCUCUUGUCUGACCUCAGGAGAGAGAAAGAAGAGCUACAUUUGAAGUUGAUAUCUUUGGAAUCUGCCAUCAGGGAUCUGCAAAAUGAGUUGGAAGUGGAGAGCCGUAAACACAGGGAGACACUCGCAGCCAAGCUCCAGAAGCAUUCCCAAAUGGAAUCUGAGAUCACUGAGCUUGGACACAGGGUCCAGCAGUUACUGACGGAUAUUAAGCUGAUGGGCCAGCAGCUUAAUGAAGCACAACAGGAGAAACGCCAUGCUGAAUCCUGUGUGGAAGAGCUGAAGAUUGAAUGUAGAGAGCUGUCAAAUGCACUUUCAGCAGAACGUGAUCAUAGUCUUCACCUGGCCAAGGAGAGAGCAGCAGAAGUUGAGAUGCUAAGUGCUAAUGUUCAAACAAAGACUGAAGAAGUGGAAAAACUGGCAAAGGAGACUGAGCAAUACCUUGUGGAACUUGAAGCCACAAGGACUGCAAAAAGUACUGUGGAGUCUCACCUUAAUUCUGUCAUUGAAAAACACCAAGCAGAGAUUUGUACAUUGCAUCUUGAGUUGACCGAUGUGCAAGGAUUGGUGAAGCAAAAGGAAGCCGAAAAGGAACUCUUACAGGAUGAAAUAUCUACCAAAGAGGAAGAAGUGAAGAUCCAGCAAGAACGUGUACUUUAUCUUCAAAGUGAAACUGCUCAAAUGGAGGAACUGCGACAAAAUCUUGCAGAGGAGGAGAAGAGACAUCAAAUGACUAAGCAAGAUGCUGAUGCCAGAAUGGCGGAGGUUCAGCUAUUGAGGGUCUCAUUAGAUGAAAAAGAAGAUAAGAUCAGCACUCUCCUACAGAGCAUUCAGGCUUUGGAAGAGAAGGCUUGUGCUUUGCAGGAUGUUCAGAACAAGGAGAGUGAGGAUUAUAAGCACUCUGUCUCUGAACUAGAGCAAAGGGUAGCUGAAAGUCAAGCACAAAUCUGUAAAAAGGUUACAGCCUUUGAAACCCAGAGUCAGCUAGUGUUAAGUCUACAAAAAGAUCUGGCCCUUGAACAAGCUAGAGCUGUUUCACUGGAAGAGAAUCUCAAGGCUUUAGAAUCUGCUCUCAGAACCCAAAAGGUGCAGGAAAAAGAAUUGAGAGAAGAGUCCAUUGUUCAUAGGGAAGAACUCAACAGACAAAAAGCAGAUUUGGAAAAACUACAUCAAGAAAUUUUGCUGAUUCAGGAAGAAAAACGAGAGGCAGAAAGCAGGGAAGUCAUAGCUACAGAAAAGAUUACAAUCCUACAGGCUGAAGUUCUCUCGGUUUCCUCCUUGGCUACAGAAAGAAAUGAAAGUCUUGAGCACAUGAAAAAGAAAUUUGCUGCUGUAAGUAUAGAAUUAAAUUGUCUGAAAGAGCAGGAUAUUGAGAGAAACAAACUUGCUGCAGCAGAUUGCAAAAGACAAGAGGAAGCCAUUCACAAACUUCACAGAGAUCUUCUCUCUGCAUCUAGUCUUUCCUCAGAAAGGGAUCAGGAAAUUCAGAUGCUGCAAACGAAAGUGUCCUCCUUGAAAAAGGAAUUGGAAAUACAGGAGGAGAUGCAAUGCUUGAGAGACCAAGAGACAAAUGCAAUGAGGUCUAAAUGCAGAGAAUUGGAGGAGAAAAUUACCCAACUUGAGGCCCAGGUUCUGGAGGCCUCUACCCUUGCUUCUGGGAAGGAAUUGGAGCUUUGUACCCUGCGUAGUGAAUUCACAGAAAGGGAGAACUUGAGACUCAACGCAGCUGAGACUGAAGCAGCUCAACGCAGAGAAUUGGAGGAGAAAGUUGCCCAACUUCAGGCCCAGGUUCAGGAGGCUUCUACCCUUGCUUCUGGGAAGGAAUCAGAGCUUUGUACUCUGCGUAGUGAAUUAAAAGAAAGGGAGACCUUGAGACUCAAAGCAGCUGAGACUGAAGCAGCUCAACGCAGAGAAUUGGAGGAGAAAGUUUCCCAACUUGAGGCCCAGGUUCUGAAGGCCUCUACCCUUGCUUCUGGGAAGGAAUCAGAGCUUUGUACCCUGCGUAGUGAAUUAAAAGAAAGGGAGAACUUGAGACUCAACGCAGCUGAGACUGAAGCAGCUCAACGCAGAGAAUUGGAGGAGAAAGUUUCCCAACUUGAGGCCCAGGUUCUGGAGGCCUCUACCCUUGCUUCUGGGAAGGAAUUGGAGCUUUGUACCCUGCGUAGUGAAUUAAAAGAAAGGGAGAACUUGAGACUCAACGCAGCUGAGACUGAAGCAGCUCAACGCAGAGAAUUGGAGGAGAAAGUUGCCCAGCUUCUGGAGGCCUCUACCCUUGCUUCUGGGAAGGAAUUGGAGCUUUGUACCCUGCGUAGUGAAUUAAAAGAAAGGGAGAACUUGAGACUCAACGCAGCUGAGACUGAAGCAGCUCAACGCAGAGAAUUGGAGGAGAAAGUUUCCCAACUUGAGGCCCAGCUUCUGGAGGCCUCUACCCUUGCUUCUGGGAAGGAAUUGGAGCUUUGUACCCUGCGUAGUGAAUUAAAAGAAAGGGAGAACUUGAGACUCAACGCAGCUGAGACUGAAGCAGCUCAACGCAGAGAAUUGGAGGAGAAAGUUUCCCAACUUGAGGCCCAGGUUCUGGAGGCCUCUACCCUUGCUUCUGGGAAGGAAUUGGAGCUUUGUACCCUGCGUAGUGAAUUCAAAGAAAGGGAGAACUUGAGACUCAACGCAGCUGAGACUGAAGCAGCUCAACGCAGAGAAUUGGAGGAGAAAGUUUCCCAACUUGAGGCCCAGGUUCUGGAGGCCUCUACCCUUGCUUCUGGGAAGGAAUUGGAGCUUUGUACCCUGCGUAGUGAAUUCACAGAAAGGGAGAACUUGAGACUCAACGCAGCUGAGACUGAAGCAGCUCAACGCAGAGAAUUGGAGGAGAAAGUUGCCCAACUUCAGGCCCAGGUUCAGGAGGCUUCUACCCUUGCUUCUGGGAAGGAAUCAGAGCUUUGUACUCUGCGUAGUGAAUUAAAAGAAAGGGAGAACUUGAGACUCAACGCAGCUGAGACUGAAGCAGCUCAACGCAGAGAAUUGGAGGAGAACGUUGCCCAACUUGAGGCCCAGGUUCUGGGGGCCUCUACCCUUGCUUCUGGGAAGGAAUCAGAGCUUUGUACCCUGCGUAGUGGAUUAAAAGAAAGGGAGAACUUGAGACUCAACGCAGCUGAGACUGAAGCAGCUCAACGCAGAGAAUUGGAGGAGAAAGUUGCCCAACUUGAGGCCCAGCUUCUGGAGGCCUCUACCCUUGCUUCUGGGAAGGAAUCAGAGCUUUGUACCCUGCGUAGUGAAUUAAAAGAAAGGGAGAACUUGAGACUCAACGCAGCUGAGACUGAAGCAGCUCAACGCAGAGAAUUGGAGGAGAAAGUUUCCCAACUUGAGGCCCAGCUUCUGGAGGCCUCUACCAAUGUGUCUUUAAGAGAAUCAGAGCUUAGCUCCCUGCACAAAGGGAUGGAAGAGAUCAUUGCUAAUUUGAAGGCAAAACUCCUUAGUGCCUCUACACAGGAAGAAAAUGCUACAAAGCUCCAGCAGCAAAUAGCAGCCCUGAGGCAUACGAAUGAGGAGCUGCUGUUAAUAAGAGAAGGAUUGCAAAAGGAACAGGAGGUUUCCCAGAAAUUAACAGAGGACUUGGCAACACAGCUUCAACUUGCAAGGGAGGAGCUCUCUACACUCCGCCCUCUGAGAGGAGAGAUGGCAGAGAGGUCACAGCUCAAUACUGACCUCCAAGAGCAAUUGUCUCUGAAGUCUGAGGCCUUGGAGCAUUACAAAGCUCAGGUUGAAAAUGCAAAAAUUCAUUAUAAUGGGAAGAAGCAGCAGCUACUAGAGGCCAAUGAGAAGAUCCAGGCUCUUACGACAGCCCUGGAGACUAAUGAACAGGAGAUCAAGACACUUACAGAACAAAUUCAGGUUCUCCAGCUGGAGUUAGAGCAAGCAAGGGCUACGGAGAAGAACUUUCUCUUCAAUAUCAACAGCCUGCAGGCUCAGUUGGACUAUGCGGAUAAGCAGCUACGGGAACAGAAAAGACUUGGAAAGUGUGAAGAGCUGAAGCCCAAGGAGACUGUUUAUCAGAAAGUUACUGAAAAGCAGCAGGACACCAGUGGAGACAGUCUAGACCUUAGCCUGGAGGACUCUCUCAACUCUACCAGGAGACCCUCAAAAAGGGAAGAGUCCAGCACUCCUGUGCUGCGCAGCUCAGAGCGACUUCAGGCCAAACAGCGGGCUCGUGGCGGGGAAUCGCUCGAGACACUGUACUUCACGCCCAUGAGCGUCCGUAAUGCUGUGGACGGCAAGCUGGAGAGCAGCAUCACCUCUCUGGGAGAGCUUGUGCUGGAUUCAGCCAAGAGGAGCCACUCUGCUCGCCGCCGCACAACACAGGUCAUCAACAUCACCAUGACCAAGAAGACCCCAGGCAGAGUGGAGGCAGACCCAGAGGAUGGCUUCACAUCGGCUCUCAGUCUGCAAUCAGCGCAGUCCUUCCCCAAUCUGGCUAACCAAAGAUGUCGCCCCUUCUCCUUGGAAUUCUCUGAAGAGGCCACCGCAAGUGACCAACUCCGGCACCUUCCGGGCUACCGCCGCAGUGCUGCUCACAGUGCCGCCCCUCCCCGCAGCAUCAGCACGUUCAGGGUAGGUGCUGAAAAUGAGCCGGACCAUUCGGAAGACUGGAUGCGUAUUGCGGAGUUGCAGGCUCGAAACCAGGCCUGUUUGCCUCAUCUGAAGAGCAGCUACCCAAUAGAGUCCCGGCCCAGCCUCGGGAACCCUUCAUUCACCAUCACGGAUGAUGACCUGAAAAUGGGUGACCCUAACGAGACUAUCCGCCGGGCCUCCAUGAUGCCAAGUCAGAUCACGGACUCUCUGGCUUCACACCGGCUCUCUAUGCUUCCGGGUCAGAUCCACGACGCUCCGCUCUCCCGCCGCGAAACGAUGCUGCCGGGCGACAUCGGCUCCAGGGCAGCCUCUCAGCACGCUGCCCUGCAUCCCAAACGGUGUGCCAGCAAUGCGCAGAACACCAGGGCUGCCACCCUCCCUCUGAAGCGCGGCGGCUGCGACCUGCCAGGGCCUGACACGCCUGAGACUAAGAAGUUGGCUAGCUGUUUCCCCCGUCCCAUGACUCCCAAAGACCGGAAUGAUCGCCGUUUUGCAUUGCAAAACAGUCAGAACCGACCUCCCAAUACUCCGGUGGAGCGCAGGCAGUCCAUGAUGUUCAGCAUUGAGAACACGCCAAAGAAAAAUGGAAAGAGCUUUCUGCAGAAGGGCAUCAACAAGAUGCGGGCCAGCACUCGCAAGUCCCCGGGCUCCACCAGCAAAAUCCCCCGUUCUGCCAAGUCCCCCCGCGGGGAGAAGCCUCAGCGCAGGUCCCCCCGAAUCAACAGCAACAAGUCUCCAAAGAUCACCUCCAGCGCCAGGAAGAAUGUCAGUGCUCAGUUUAUGGAGUGUGUCUUUGUCCAGAGGGAGGACAUGGCUCUCGAAACAGAGCAGCAGCCGAGAUGAAGUUUAUGAGCUAUAGACCUCGGAUGAAGAUGUGAGUCCAACACUGGAGGUAUUGGGCUCAAGCAGUCAAUCUAAAGGAAAUUGGCCCGGCUCUCCCCUGUAUUUUAUGUUCUUUUUGGAAUAAUCUUUAUUUUGUAAAGAUGUGCAAUAAAUAAAUAAAUUAAAUAUUACAUGGUUUUCUUAACUGCAGCAAGCAUUUACUUCUGAGGACCAGCUUAAGAUUUGAGUCAUCUGGCAAGGCUUUGAAGAAGUCCAAAAUUAUAUUUUAAUAUUUUAUCCUCUUCCUGCCAUAUGGUACCAUUCUCUUUAUUCACUACAGUGUUUGACUUAUGCUUUUAUUUUCUUUUUUUAUGCGCUUCAUUUGGUUCUGGACGCUAAUCUUUAAUAUUGGUAGUAUUCAGCGUUUUUUUAAUGGAUUUGUUUUAUUUCUCAGUUCUAUGGGGUGUUUAAAUGCUCAUUGGACAAGGGUUGAAAACCCAGUACUAUAUUUUCUUAAGAUUGUCUAUAAUUAAUUCGUUUUAAAUAUGUCUUUCCAUUACCUGGAAUGGCAGAGUUGCACUUAAAGGUGUUCUGCUUUAAGUGAGGAAUUCCUAUAUGACACCAGUACCUAUAACACUGUAUAGUGUUGAGGGGAAUAUUCAGUGAUUGAGUGUAAUACCUAUCCUUCGAUUUGAAUAAAUGUGUUGAGGUAGGGGUAUGGAAGAAUAGGAAAUUUAAAAUCCUCUCAUAUAUACAUUAAGUCAGACAUGCCUUUUAUCUGCUUACAAAAAGGGGACUUUGCUGAAGUAGGUAUCUGAGUUUGAUUGGCAAAGAGUCAUUGACACUACCUGUUUUUAUUUGCCAUAAAGGGUCAUGUAAUCGAUUGUGUUAUAUGUUUAUAUAAUUGAUUCAAUUAAAGCCAAGGCUGGCUUUAUGCUCUAGUAUACAGUCAGCGGCGUGUGCACGAGGAUGCUUGUGCAGUGAGGCACAUGAUACCCAUUCUGUUUUUCUUUUUUUUUCCCCUCACAAAUCUAUAAAUCAAGAAAUUUAUUGUGUAAUCAUAAAAAUUGCAGUUUAGCUAGUUUUGUUUGGGGAAGAGUGGAGGAUUAAUAUUUCAUCAAUGUUGAGUUGUGGUGAUUUGAUAUAUUAAUCCUAUCUUAAUCAAAUUGUAUUUCUGUACAGACUAGAGUUUGAUGGUGAUUCCUGGUCUCUGGUUUUGCACAGUAGAUAUUAGUCUGUUAAUGUGUUUGUCCAUUUUGUCUGUCACUUUUGUCUUCCCAAAAUAAAAAAACCAGACUGCAACUUC